AUGACUGAAGACCACCAUCUGAUGAACACACCACGUGCAAAGUUCCUCGAGGACUUCAAGAUAAUAUGCGAGAAGAAGUCAUCGGAUUGCGCAGGCCAACUUCAAACUCUCAAAAGCUACAAGAAGUGGUUCGAUGCUCCGAUUUACAAGAAAGUUUUGUAUCUGGACGGGUUCGCCGAUGAAAAAAAAGCUAAAUUGUCAAAAUUCAACCAUCGCUUCCGCAAGUGGAUCAAUUCCAAGUCGAUGGUCACUUCGGUCAAAAUUGAAUCUCAAAAAGCAAACGUGCAGGAAAACGAUAUUGUCACUGGUCCGAAGAACGAAUCCUACUUGAAAUAUCGGGCCGAGAUAGGUGUGAUUGUCACGAAAACUUCCGAAGAUGCUCAUCACUUCAAGCAGUAUCAGCUUCACGUCUUCGAGUUUUGGAAGACGGAGGAUAAGAGAUACGUUUGCAAAUCAUACAUGAAGCACGUCGAAGAAUCGGACACAAGAGAAAGUGCCAAUACAGCUUCGAAGAACCUCCAGACGACUAGAAUUGAGCUUGGCAACACAGAAUACAUUCACUCGACUGCGGAAAAACUCAUAAACUUCAUCAAUGACCACGAGGAGAAUCUUGCCGACGAGCUCGAUAUCGAUGUGAAACUGUGGUCUCAGAAUUACAAACUGAACAAAAAAUUCAAUGACGUUCGGAUGCUGAGAAUUGUUCACAAUUCUCCAAGUUCUACGCAAUGGUGGAUGAGCCAAAUCGACACGAUGAGUACGAUUCCAGAAGUUACUCUUUUGAGAAACUACACAGGAAGUGAUUCAACUCUCGAAGCAAUGCCUUACAUUGUUCCGUUGGAAGAACGCAAUAUGCCUGUUUGGGCUGAUGUGAUUUCUACAUGCGACCAUCCGAUUUUCUGGGCUCGUAAGCUGACUAUCGAUGGAAACUUCGAGAAUCCUCUUUCCGAUUUGUCGAAAAUGAGUUCUCUGGGAGAAGUGAACUUGCGUCGCAACAGACUUCAAACGACGGAGCUUGCUGCAUUCCUCACUCAGUGGAUGGACGGGCAAGUGGGUCAUCGUUUGGAGCGUGUCACUAUCCAACUGGAUCCCAGUUUCGAGCAAAACUAUGGCGUAGUUAUCAAGGAUCUUCGAGGGUGGGACAUCACGAAUGACUUGGAAGGAAAUCAUGAGCAAUUUACCGAAGAAUUCGCCGAAGCUGCAAGAAAGGAUGGCGCGGAGGUUUUCUUGAUGACGCGUCUGUUGGCGACAGACAAAAGACAACGUUCCGAGAGAAAGCUUUCCCUGUGCAGCGUUGAUAAGCAUUUCGAGUUUGAUGGACCGACGAGUACCUACGGAGCGUUUGCAUUGGUGCAACUGACGAAGAGCAGUAUCCACUUCACUGCUAUUCGGAAUCCAUCAUUCUGUCGUGAACUUCACUUGCUCGUCGAACAAAAGAAGUCGUCAACCCAAAAGAAGUAA